GAUGUUUUCUUUUGAUGGAGUAAGUAUUACUACUGGAGAAGAUGGUUGACUUGGAAAGCGAGGUGCCUCCUCUUCCUCCCAGGUAUAGGUUUCGAGAUUUGCUGCUUGGAGACCAAGGCUGGCAGAACGACGACAGGGUGCAGGUGGAAUUCUAUGUAAAUGAAAAUACCUUCAAAGAGAGACUGAAGCUAUUUUUCAUUAAAAACCAAAGAUCAAGCCUAAGAAUACGUCUGUUCAACUUUUCUCUCAAGUUACUAAGCUGCCUUUUGUACAUAUUCCGUGUCCUGGAUGACCCUACAAAAGGAAAUGCAUGCUGGGGUUGUUCCAAUCAAAACUACACAACGAUUGAUUGGUCACCUGUUAUCUGGGUGAGAAGAAGUCUUCCUUUAUGGGGGUUACAGGUCACAGUGGCCCUUAUAAGCCUCUUUGAAACAAUCUUGCUGUCAUAUCUCAGUUACAAGGGGAACAUCUGGGAACAGAUUCUUCGAAUCCCCUUUAUCCUUGAAAUCAUCAACACGGUGCCCUUUUUCAUAACAAUAUUUUGGCCUCCGUUGAGGAACCUAUUUAUUCCUGUAUUCCUAAACUGCUGGUUAGCCAAGCAUGCUCUGGAGAACAUGAUUAAUGACCUUCACAGAGCCAUCCAGCGGACGCAGUCUGCCAUGUUCAAUCAACUUCUUAUACUGAUUUCCACUCUGCUGUGUCUCAUCUUUACCUGCAUAUGUGGGAUUCAGCACUUGGAGCGGGCAGGAAACAACUUGACCUUGUUUGACUCCCUAUACUUCUGCAUCGUCACCUUCUCCACAGUUGGGUUCGGGGACGUCACUCCCAAGAUCUGGCCUUCAAAGUUAUUGGUGGUUAUUAUGAUCUGUGUUGCUCUUGUAGUAUUACCUAUUCAGUUUGAACAGUUGGCAUAUUUGUGGAUGGAGAGACAAAAGUCUGGUGGAAACUACAGCCGCCACAGAGCACAAACAGAGAAGCAUGUUGUGCUGUGUGUCAGCUCUCUCAAAAUCGACCUGCUGAUGGAUUUUCUGAAUGAAUUCUAUGCCCAUCCGAGAUUACAGGAUUAUUAUGUUGUGAUACUUUGCCCAACUGAAAUGGAUGCCCAGGUUCGAAGAGUCCUGCAGAUUCCCAUGUGGUCCCAACGAGUUAUCUAUCUACAAGGAUCUGCAUUGAAAGACCAAGACCUUCUGAGAGCCAAGAUGGAUAAUGCAGAAGCUUGUUUUAUUUUAAGUAGUCGAUGUGAAUUUGACCGGACAGCAGCAGAUCACCAAACAAUUUUAAGAGCUUGGGCUGUUAAGGAUUUUGCCCCAAAUCGCCCUCUGUAUGUUCAGAUACUGAAGCCCGAGAAUAAAUUUCAUGUAAAAUUUGCAGAUCACGUGGUCUGUGAAGAGGAGUUUAAGUAUGCCAUGCUGGCACUCAAUUGCAUCUGCCCAGCAACAUCUACCUUGAUAACCCUACUUGUUCAUACCUCAAGAGGACAGGAGGGCCAGCAAUCGCCAGAACAGUGGCAGGAGAUGUAUGGGAGAUGCUCUGGGAAUGAAGUCUACCAUAUUGUCAUGGAAGAAAGUAUAUUUUUUGCAGAGUAUGAGGGGAAGAGCUUCACAUAUGCCUCCUUCCAUGCACAUAAAAAAUAUGGGGUCUGCUUGAUUGGUGUACGGAGAGAAGACAAUAAAAAUAUUUUAUUAAAUCCAGGGCCUCGCUACAUAAUGACUUCCACAGAUACUUGUUUUUACAUCAACAUCAUCAAGGAAGAAAAUUCAACCUUUAAAAAGCAGGAGGAAGAAGAAAGAACCAGGACAUCCAAUUCAUUUUAUCAGGGCACUUCUCGCCUACCUGUACACAGUAUCAUUGCUAGUAUGGGCACAGUUGCUAUUGACCUGCAUGACACAGGGUGCAGAUCUUCAAGUGGUCCAAACUUGACUCUUCCUGCUGAUGGCUGUAAAGGGGGAAGGAGGCCCAGCAUCGCACCUGUCUUAGAAGUGGCAGAUGCUUCAUCCGUUCAAACAUGUGAUUUACUCAGUGACCAAUCAGAAGAUGAAGCAACACCUUCAGAUGAUGAAGAAUCAACAGGGGAGGAAUAUAUAAAGGGUUAUCCUCCAAAUUCCCCUUACAUUGGGAGCUCACCAACAUUUUGCCACCUACUUCGAGAGAAGGUACCAUUCUGCUGUUUAAGACUUGAUAAGGGUUGUCAGCAUAACUGUUAUGAAGAUGCAAAAUCAUAUGGCUUUAAAAACAAGCUAAUCAUCGUUUCUGCUGAGACUGUUGGCAAUGGCCUAUACAACUUCAUUGUUCCUCUCAGGGCUUGCUAUAGACCAAAAAGAGAGCUGAACCCUAUAGUUGUUCUACUGGAUAACCCGCCAGAUUUGCAUUUUCUUGAGGCAAUCUGCUGGUUUCCAAUGGUUUACUACAUGGUUGGCUCAAUUGACAACCUAGAUGAUUUGCUUCGGUGUGGAGUCUCCUUUGCCGCUAACAUGGUGGUUGUGGAUAAGGAGAGCACCAUGAGUGCUGAAGAAGACUACAUGGCAGACGCCAAAACUAUUGUGAAUGUACAGACACUGUUCCGCCUGUUUUCAAGUCUCAGUAUUAUCACAGAACUUACACACCCUGCAAAUAUGAGAUUCAUGCAGUUCAGAGCAAAAGACUGCUACUCCCUGACACUUUCAAAACUUGAAAAGAAAGAACGUGAGAAAGGCUCCAAUCUAGCAUUUAUGUUCCGAUUGCCAUUUGCUGCCGGAAGAGUGUUUAGCAUUAGCAUGCUGGAUACUCUGUUGUACCAGUCCUUUGUGAAAGACUAUAUGAUUUCCAUCACAAGGCUGCUUCUGGGUUUGGAUACCACACCCGGGUCUGGGUUUCUUUGUGCUAUGAAAAUCACAGAGGAUGAUUUAUGGAUCAGGACAUAUGGAAGGCUGUAUCAGAAGCUGUGCUCAUCUACAGGAGAUAUUCCCAUCGGAGUUUACAGAACAGAAUCACACAAACUAGCAACUUCUGAGUCUCAGAUUUCAGUUAACGUUGAUGACUGUGAAGAUACCAAAGAAACCAAGGACACUUUUGGUUGCCGAAACAACCACCGUAACUCAACAUCAAGUGACCAGUCAGAUCGUCCACUCAUGAGAAAGAAAAGCAUGCAGUGGGCGAGACGACUGAGCAGAAAAGUGCCAAAACACUUCAGCAAAACAGAAGAGAAAAUAAGCAAGCAAAGAAUGAGCCUUUACAAGAGAUCUGAAAGACAAGAACUGGCUGAACUGGUGAAAAACCGAAUGAAGAAUCUUGGUCUCUCAACAGCUGGCUGUGGAAUGAAUGAUCAUCAAAACAUGCUCUCAUACAUUUUAAUAAACCCUUCUCCAGACACUCGACUCGAGCUGAGUGAUAUUGUAUACUUAAUCCGUCCUGAUCCACUGGCCUAUGUUCCGAAGGAUCCCAUCAGCAGGAAAAGUAGUGUGGGCAAUAACACUGGAGGUGGUCAAGACGAGACCCAGCUUUGAUGAAUUCAAAUAAGCUACGGACUGAAAGAAAACAGAAAACGUUUUACCUUCAAGUAUUGAAGAAUACAAGAAUAGCCAACAAAAAUGUUGUACAUAUAGUUCAGGACUAAUCAAAGCAACUUUUAUAUAGACAUACAUAAUCAACUAAUAUUAGAUCUGGAUCUAGACACUAUAUAAGUAUGAUUUUUAAGACCCUGUGCUGUAAUCAAAAUUAGUUAUUUACAACAUGGGUAAAGAUUUAUGUGUAUUUAUAAGCAUGCCUAAGCAUCAAAGAUUAUUAAGUUACUCCCACGCUACUGUUUUACCCUAAUGAGGUGCAUUUCAAAAGGAAAAUUCAUGAUGCUUAAAAUGGUUUGAACAUGACUGUGGCAGUGUGCCCCGCCCCUGUGUGUAUUUUAUGUUUCUGUGUUGCGUAUGGUGUGUUA